AUGUUAAAAAAGUUAUCACAAUAAUAUUAGAAGAUUUCAAUGAAAUCAUUUUAUUUAGGAAUAUCAUUAAGAUAUUCAACAAAUAAAAUCAGAUAUAGUUUUAGAUCAACUAGAUUUAUUGUAAAAAAUUAAGAAUAAAAUGAAUCAUCUAAAAUAAUGAUGAUUACUAAAGAAGAAAUUAUAUCAUUUCUUAAAAACAAUAAAAUUGCUUAUCGAAUAUAGAGAUCUUAUGCUUAAUUAUAGUUUUGUCCAUUCUGCAUUAAAAGAAAUUUUGAUGAACUUUCUAAUUAAUAUACAAUGGGUAUAAAUUUAAAAAAGUAAAUACUUUGAUGAAUUGUAUUAGUGGAAUGUAUAAUUGUUUUAGAUCGAGUUGUUAAUCUAAAGGAUAAUGGAAAGACUUUUUAUAAUAAAUGACUCAUAAUGAUCCUAAAUUGAUUGUUGAUGGACCUAUACAUUCAAUACCUAAGUAGAAUAAUUAAGAAGAAGUUGGAAUCUAUGAUUAAAAAUAUGAGCUAUUUCAAUUUCAUUUGCAUUAUUAAAGAAUGAAAUUGCAAUAACCAAAAUUUAUCUAUGAGUAUUUAAUUGGAAAUAAUUGGGAUAAGGUUAAUGAUGUAUAUUUAUUUCUAGAAUCAAAGAGGUAUCAAAGAAGAAGUCUUAAAUAAAUAUUUAGUAGGUAUUGGUUAAGAUGAAGUAUUUGAUCCUCAAUUAAAAUAAAUGGUUAUGGCUCCUCUUAUUUAUUUUCCUAUGUUUAGAUUGCUUUCUUAACAAUAACAAAAUGAUAACGAUAUAUAAAAUGAAUAUAUUCAAUCUAAAUAUAAUUCUUAACUUUAUGAACUAGUGAGUUGUAAAUUAAGAGGAAUGGGAAAAGAAAAUAAAUAUAUUUAAAAAAUAGAACCUAAAAAUGCUAUGAAAGGAAUUUUUGGACUUAAUUUAUUAACAAAAAAUGUCAAAUAAAUUAUUUUAACAGAAGGAGAAUUUGAUGCUAUGGCUGCUUAUCAAAUGACAGAAAUACCAUCUAUUUCUUUACCUUAUGGAAUAGCUCAUUUUCCUAACUUUUUAUUAGAAUGGUAUUAUAAUAUAUUGUUAUAUUAUAGGAUUAAUGAAUAUAAAGAAUUAAAUAAUAUUUAUAUAUGGGUUGAUGAUGAUGAAUUUGGAAGAGUUAAUUCUAAUAAAAUAGCAAGUAAAAUUGGAAAUUGGAGAACUCGAAUAAUAUAACCAUCAUUAAUCAAUAAUAAUUAAUAUCCUAAAGAUGCUAAUGAUUGUUUAAGAUAUUAUCCAGAUAAAAUUCAAGAAUAUAUCAGUAAAUCAAUUACUGUAAAAUGA